AUGAUGGACUUGUUGCCCGUAGAAUCACCACAGAUCUUGAUUAAGAAGAAACACAGGUUCCGUUCAUUGAAAUUGGUCAACGUUAACCUAGACGACGUGUUGCCGGAGCCUCCGUACGGCGUCGACUGCGGUCGGCUUGAUAAUGGGCUGACUUAUUAUGUGCGCUGUAAUUCCAAGCCCAAAAUGCGAGCUAUUCUUGCCCUCGCUGUUAAGGUUGGAACACUUGCUAUGGCGUUUCUGGGAAUUGUUGAUGUUGACUGUUAUUGCCUAGAAGUCAUGAACUCCGGUGCUACGAUUUAG